AUGCUGGACAUUCAGGACGCCCGAGCCCGCUGGAAAGCAACCUUCGAGCCCGGCCCGCGCCCCACGCCCGAGGGCCUCAAGUCGUCCGGCGGCCUGCGCAGCGUGUGCUGGAAAACAUGGCUCCUCCUUCCCACCACGGACCAAAGCACCUGGCGCGCCACGCUCGCCGCCUCCCGCAGCGUCUUCGAGGACCUGCGCACCAGCUACAUGGCGCCGUUUGACCUCGAGCGCGCCGACGACGGGACGGGCGUGGAGCUGGACCCGCUGGCGGAAGAUGAAGCUAACCCCUGGGACCGCUACCGCAAAGACGAGGAGCUCCGCGCCGAGAUUGUGCAGGACGUCGAGCGGUGCAUGCCCGACGUGUCCUACUUCCGUGGCGCGGAGGUGCAAAAGUCGCUGCUGGACGUGCUGUUUGUGUACUGCAAGCUGAACGAGGACCUCGGCUACCGCCAGGGCAUGCAUGAGAUUGUGGCGGUGAUUCUGUGGGUGCUGUCUGCUGAUGCUGUUGCUGCUCCCGGUGAAGAAGACGGGGUGAAGAGGGAGGGGGGAGAGGAGGAGGAGGAGAUGGUGAGGGCGCUCUGCGACGAGCGCUAUGUCGAGCAUGAUACGUUCAGCCUGUUCCAGGUUGUGAUGCGCUCUGCAAAGGCGUGGUAUGAGCUCGGCGAGGAGGGGGAGGGGAAAGGGAGGGGCAGGGAGAGCCGUGGGCGCCCGCCGAUUGUGGAUAAGAGUCGGUGGAUCCAUGAGCAUCUUGUCAUGGCCGUGGACCCGGAGCUGGGGAAUCAUCUCAAGGCGCUGGAUGUGCUGCCGCAGGUGUUUUUAAUACGAUGGAUCAGGCUGCUCUUUGGAAGAGAGUUCCCCCUCGACGAGCUGAUUGAGGUGUGGGAUUGCCUCUUUGCGGAGGACCCGGGGCUGCAGCUCGUGGACUACAUCUGCGUGGCCAUGCUUCUGCGCAUCCGCUGGCAGCUCGUAACCGCCGACUACUCCACCGCCCUCACCCUCGUCCUCCGCUACCCGUGCCCCUCCGCCGCCCACCCGCCGCGCACCUUCGUCGCCGACGCCCUGCACCUGCGCUCCAACCUCACCUUCACCGGCGGCAAGCACAUCAUCACCCUCUACUCCGACCGGCCCCCCAAAACGCCCCUCCCCCCGCGCCCCACCAAACCCACCGCCAACACCAACAACACCACCACCGCGGCAUCACGAACCAAAUCCCCCCUUGGCAGUCCCACGCGCUUCAUCCCCGGCGUCCAGCUCGACUCGGUCCUCAGCGACGUGACGCGCACCGUCCUCGACCGCGGCGAGAAGUGGGGCGUCAACCGCACCAUCGGCCGCGCGGUCGGCGAGGUCAAGAAGAACGUGCAGGGCUUCCAGCAGCAGCAGCAGGCGCAGUGGGCGGAGGCGAGUAAGGAGCUGGCGAAAGAGGAGGAGCUCGUGAAGCGGAGUAGGGCGCUCAGUAAGAAACUGAAGCACGACGAGGAGCGCAGGAGGCUGCUGGAGAAGGCGCUUGGUGCGGUCAUUGAUGCGCUGGAGCAGGAGCCGCUGGGCGCUGUGGAGAGGGCGAGUGCGAUUGAGAGGUUGAAGGGUGUGAGGGCGUGUUUGGCGGAUAGCACGAAGGUGGUGGGGCCGGAGCUGUUGGAGACAAUUGCGCCUGGGACGCCGGUGUCAGCGAGACAUCCGCCGCCGGGAUUUAGGAGAUCGUCGUCUGCCGCCGCUGCAAUAUCGCCGCUGAACCCGGCGUCACCAAUGUCUGCGGCGUCGUCGACGAUGGUGAAGACGCCGAGCUCGCCGCCGGGGGGCUUUGUUAAGACGAGUUUUAAGAAUAAUUCAGACCCGGACUUUCUGACGCACAAGCCGCGGUCGUCGCUAGCGCAGAGCAGCUUUGCGUGGAUGCUGGGCGACGAUCCGGCGGUGAAGGCGAAGACGGGGUUUGUGGCGGGGAAGGGGAAGGGGGGAGGUAGUGGUGGUGGGAGUGGGGCGGGGGGCAGUGGGGAGAUGGUGAGGGUGGGGAGUAAAGACGGGAAGGGAGAAGAGGAGGGGACGGAGGGGUUUGAUUUGGGGAGUAUGGAGGGGAAGAAGGUGAAUUCGAAGGAGGGGUGA